AUGAAAUCCGUUAUUGAGCGCUACAACAAAGUCAAAGAGGACCAUUAUCAGCUAAUGAAUCCUGCUUCACAAGUCAAGUUUUGGCAGAGAGAAGCUGCAAGCUUGAGGCAACAAGUGCAGUACAUGCAGGAAUACCACAGGAAAUUGAUGGGCGAAGAACUUUCUGGAUUGGGUAUUAAAGAACUAGGAAAUCUGGAAAAUCAACUGGAGAUGAGUUUAAAGGGUGUUCGCAUGAAAAAGGAUCAAAUUCUAACUAAUGAGGUCAAAGAACUACACCAAAAGGGAAGCCUCGUGCAUCAACAAAAUGUAGAACUUCAUAGAAAGAUAAACCUCAUCCACAAGGAAAAUGCAGAAUUACAAAAGGUUAUUGAAGAAAAGCAUAGAAAAGAAGAUAUUGCAACAUCCAAUCCUCCUUACACUAUCAACUAUGGAUAUGAUAUGCUUACGCCUAUCAGUCUCCAUCUAAGCCAGCCACAGCCUCAACACGGUGAACCACCAGCCAAAGCAAUGAAACUGGGAUUACAGCUGCAUUAGCAAAAACUGCUCAAUAAUUAGGAUGGAGUUGAUCGGUUGUGAUAAGCUGUCAAUGUUUGGUCCCAAUGGUGGUGCAUCUAUCAGUGUCAUCUUAUCUUGUACUUCAUCAAUCACGACUGAUCCAAUGAACAGUAAAUUGAUGCAUACAUGUACAUGGCAUUAGAUUAUAUGUCCAGAAGCUCUACAUGCAGUUUCUGUUAUAAGAAUCGGACAUAAUGGUUAUUAUGUACGUAACAUCAAUGCAAUAAGGAUUAUAUUGUCA